GUGUAGUGGGCUCUCGACUCUUGACAGUUGGCGAUCAGUAACUCGCAGUGCCGGGCAGGCUGGGUCGCUCCAGCGCCUUUGUCCCUUUGUCCAGGGGAGGGCUUGAGAGCUCAGAUAGCGGCUUGCUCCUCCUUUCUGACGCUGCAACGCAGACAACGCAGAGGUGGUUCGAUUCAAGGCCUGGUAUGCGAGCAGCAACACCUAUUUCGUGCCAGGUAGCAGCAGCAGCAGCGCCUCGUAGGCAGGCAGAUCAGAUGCAGCAAGGCACUAGAGACUCCGAAUCUGCGCCGGCAGUAACAGUGACAGUGAGCUUCGUUUGGCUGGGUCGGUUAGCGGUCUUCAGCAUGCGUAAUACGGCAAAGACUUUGGUGUUUCAUCGAGGGGCUGCGGGCUGGUCGAGGCUAGUCGGUGCCAGGAAAGGAGUUCGUUUGACGCCGGGGGGGGGGGCCGCAACCUCUGGGGGGUUUAUUUUUGGCACGGGAUUAUUUUUCCCUGGGAGGGAGAGCAAAACAAGAGCGUCGAAAAGAGACAAAGGACAAGCAAGAGAAGAGAAGAGAAAAAAAAGGAAGAGAAAAACAAGCGUCGUGGGACAGGCCUGGACUGUGGGGAAGAAGCUGCCUGACGGAUCGAAUGUAAUCAAUCAGAAGGCACCAAGUAGUGCGCCGAGAAGCUAUCGUGGAAUCGACGGCGGAGCUGCCAGCCUUUGUUCUGGCUUCUGCGUUGCGUUUCUUUCUCUUGUUUCCGGCUUUUUUUUUUUUUUUUGAAUGGCCUCGGAAGCGCCGUCAAUCCGCGUCAAUUGGCCCGGCAGGACUGAAAAAUUGCAGCACGACGGGCUCAUCGUCGAGUUUCGGGUGCUGGGCCUGCCAAUGCCAUGCCAUGCGGGAUGGGGUAGCAUCAGGUCAGUUGAUUGUGCUAUUGGAUGCUAAAUGUCCGGGCGAAAUGGGCUGUCGAAGCCGGACGUAGCGGGUACUCGCCUGGUGCAGUGGCCGGCGCGC